AUGAGUUCCUCAUCCAUACAAUUGAAAGAAAUUGUACCAAGCUAUGAUAAUAACUACGAUAAUAGCUAUGAUAAUGGCUACAAUAAUGACUACGAUAAUGACUGCGAUAAUGACUGUGAUAAUAACUAUAACAAUAAUACUAUUAGUACAGAUAGCAAGCAAAAUAAUGGAAGCGAUGUGAUAUUAAAUUGCUCUCACAAAGAAUUUUCUUGCGGAUGUGGGGGCUCAACCACAACGUUAUGGCAUCAUUUAGAAAGUGCUUACCGGGCUCAGUAUGUUAAAACAGAGAAAUAUUGCAAAAAAAUUAAAAAGAUGCAAGAUGAAUGUGGUACCGUUGAGAAUAUGUUUAGGAAAAAUCCUAAAGAUCUCUCUUCUAUUAAGUUGGCUAGUGUUGAUAAUAUGAGACUUUGGGAUAUGUUUGCCGUCUGGAUUGUCAAUCAUCAAUGCCCACUUGCUAUAAUUGAAGAUCCUAAAUUAAUCAAGAUUAUAGAAUAUUUGAAUCCCACAGUAAA